AUGCAUCUGAUGUACACCCUCGACGCUGAAGGCAAGCGCCUCUACACCCUCAAGAAGGUCGCCCACGGCCAGGUCACCAAGUCCGCCCACCCCGCCCGCUUCUCUCCCGACGACAAGUGGUCGCGCCAGCGCGUGACCAUGAAGAGGCGUUUCGGUCUCCUUCUCACCCAGCAGAAGGCUGAGGAGCUGUAA